AUAGUAUUUACUUUUUAGUCAAAAGAAAAUAUAAUCUUCAAAUUGAGCUGAAAAACGAGAAAUAAAAUAAGAAGCAAUCGGAAAAAUGGCCGCCGGCACGGCAAAUCUAUCGGAAAAAAUGGUGCAUCCGGCCGUAAAACCUUUAUCUGACCUGCUUGGUACUUGGAAAGGUGAAGGCGAAGGCUUUUUCCCUACAAUUUCUUCCUUCAAUUACUCCGAAGAACUCCAAUUUACUCACUCUCCGAACAAGCCUGUGAUAGCUUAUUCUCAAAAGACAUGGAACUUGAAAUCUGGACAACCUAUGCAUUCUGAGAGCGGAUACUGGAGACCUAAACCCGAUGGGACCAUUGAAGUCGUCAUUGCUCAGAGCACUGGUCUUGUUGAAGUCCAGAAAGGAACAUUUGACAUGAAAGAGGGAGUUGUGAAGCUUAAAAGCGAACUGGUUGGCAAUGCUUCCAAGGUCAAGGAGAUAACUCGAGUUUUUAAAGUGGAGAAUUGUGAACUAUCAUAUGUUGUGGAGAUGGCCACCAGUCUAACUGAUCUUCAGCCUCAUCUCACAGCCUCUCUUAAGAAGCUCUAGGCAGGCAGCACGUUCAUGACCGGUGAUGUCAGUAUCUAUACUACAUCUCUGACACACUUGUUAACUAAUGUUUGUGUAUUGACAUUUUACCAGAAGUAUGAUAUUGAAUGUUAAUUGCAAGAUGAAACUCCUAUUCCCUUCUGUAAUAAUACAAGAUUACAGUUGCCUAUUUUUCAAGUGCUAUACUAUCUGUAUUGAGCUAUCAUUUACAAAACAUGAUCA